GGAACUCGCGUUAAGUUUCGCCCUGAUUGCGAGUAUAGGUGUCGUCCCUCUCCCUAGUGAUAAUGUCGAAGCUUCAGUCAAGUUUCGCCCUGACUGCGAGUAUAGGUGUCGUCCUCAGCCACAUUAUUGCGAAUCUUGCAAGCCGACUCGAUAA